AUUUAUCCUUUCCCUUUUCCUCUGAUCAUGAGUCCUAUAAAUUAAGAAUAAACCAAGUCCCAUUCCUCUCCCAUGUAAAACAGAGUUGCUUCUACGUAAAAAGCAACAAUCUAUGACUAACCAAAACAGACCAAAAAUCAUUUUAGUUCCUUAUCCGGCACAAGGGCAUGUCACUCCCAUAAUCAAAUUAGCUUCGCUUCUCGCUCGUCAGGGUUUCGAACCUGUAGUCAUCACCACAGAGUUUAUUCAUCGUUCGAUAUCACAUCAAAUCGACAGGUGGAAUGAGAUCUCCUUUAUUGGAAUACCGGACGGGAUCGAAGAAGGGAGUCCUCGUGACUUCUUUGCCACGGAAAGAGCUAUGGAAAACGUUAUGCCCGCGUCUCUGGAAAGAAUACUUGUGAAGUCUCGAGCAGAGGAGGAACAAGGUGGGGGUGUAAUUGCAUGUUUGAUGGUAGAUUUGUUGGCUUCAUGGGCUAUUAAAGUUGGCAGGCAAAGGGGGAUACCAGUAGCGGGAUUUUGGCCCGCUAUGGUCGAAAUAUAUCAUUUGAUCAAAGCCAUACCUGACAUGAUCCGAACCGGGUUUAUUUCUGAUUCAGGUAUUCCACGAUGUCAAGGUCCAAUGUUGCUGAAAUCAGUGGAGCCUAGCAUAAGUUCAGAUGAUCUGCCCUGGCUAAUCGGAACAUCAGCUCAAAGACAAGCAAGAUUUAUUUUCUGGAACAGAACCAUGGACAGAUCCAGGUCCCUUCGGUGGCUCCUAGUCAUCACUAACCCGAAUCAUUAUUGCAACAAUAACAAGCAACCAAAACAGAUCAAUACUAAUGACGAGUCUGAUGAUCACCCACAAAUCCUCCCAAUCGGAUUUCCAACUGACGACCGCAGAACUAAACAUGUCAGCUUUUGGGAAGAAGAUCAUAGUUGCCUAGAUUGGCUAAAUAACCAAAACGAUGGCUCUGUUUUGUACAUUUCAUUUGGAAGUUGGGUUAGCCCGAUUGAAGAAACGAAAGUAAAAAGUCUAGCAUUAGCCCUCGAAGCCUUGGCACGACCAUUUUUAUGGGUACUAGGAGCCAACUGGCGUCAGGGAUUACCAACAGGAUAUAUAAAAAAGGUUUCACAGUUUGGCCAGAUUGUGUCAUGGGCACCGCAACUGAAAGUUCUUCAACAUAAGGCUGUGAGAUGUUAUUUAACACAUUGCGGUUGGAAUUCGACUGUGGAGGCGAUACAAUGCAGGAAACCGAUGUUAUGUUAUCCUAUUGCCGGGGAUCAGUUUCUGAAUUGCAAGUACAUUGUUGAGGUUUGGCGACUCGGCAUUAGAUUAAGCGGAUUGGGAAAGCAAGAUUUGGAAAGUGGUAUAAAGUUUUUAGUGAAGGAUGAUACAAUAGAUAAAAGAUUGGUGGAAUUGAAUGAGAGAAUGAUGGGAAAAGAAGCUAGAUUCAGAAUGAUGAAUAAUAUGGCUGGGUUUACUGAUUCCAUACUUAAACUAAUGUCAGAGGAUGCAAGAAUGUAGUUGGACACGGUCUUGUCGAAGCUUAUUUGAUCGACUUUGUCACUAGUUGAGUUCCAUUUUGUCAUGUUCGUCAUUGAAUUUUCAUAUAUUAUUUUCCUACAAAUUUAUAAAAUACACCGCUAGUACCACGGGAGAUUCCCCUUUCAA